AGCAAACAGCAAUUCUCUCAUUUGUCCGACAGCACGUGAAGGCAGCAGGAGUCACGCGUUGUUUGCCGUCAGAGUGCAAAUAUGGCGGACGACGGAGAAUCGCUGGAGUCCUGGCUUAACAAAGCCACCAACCCUUCCAACAGACAGGAAGACUGGGAGUAUAUAAUGGGAUUCUGUGACCAAAUCAAUAAAGAACUGGAGGGCCCCCAAAUAUCCGUUAGACUGUUGGCUCACAAGAUUCAGUCCCCCCAGGAAUGGGAGGCGAUACAAGCAUUAAUGGUUCUCGAGGCUUGUAUGAAGAACUGCGGGCGACGGUUUCACAAUGAAGUUGGGAAAUUUAGGUUUUUGAAUGAAUUAAUUAAGGUGGUUUCACCCAAAUAUUUAGGAGACAAAGUAUCAGAGAGAGUGAAGACAAAAGUGAUCGAGAUGCUGUACAGUUGGACUGUGUCUUUACCAGAUGAAGCAAAGAUCUUUGAAGCAUAUGAGAUGUUAAAGUCACAGGGUAUUGUUUUAGUUGACCCAGAAAUCCCUCUUGAUGCUACAUUAAUACCAUCGCCUUCUCCGCGACCCAAGAAUCCUGUGUUUGAUGAUGAGAAGAAGAGCAAGAGAUUAGCAGAGUUGCUGAAGAGCAAAAAGCCUGAAGAUCUGGAAGAGGCCAAUCGGCUCAUCAAGAACAUGGUCAAGGAGGACGAGGUGAGAAUGCAGAAAGCGACAAAGCAAAAAAGCACACUGGAGGCGGUCAACAACAGUGUCAAACUCCUUAACGAGAUGCUUGCUCACUUCAGCCAGGACGACUCCACGGACGGAGACAAGGAGAUCAUAAGGGAGCUGUAUGGAGAUUGCGACAAGCUCAGGCAAACUGUAGUUCAGCUCGCUACUGAGACUGAGGAUAAUGACAGCAGCUUGGGAGACAUCCUGCAGGCCAGUGACGACCUCUCCCAUGUCAUUAAUUCCUAUAAGAAGAUUGUGGAAGGACAGAUCGUCAAUGGAGGGACUGAAGCAGCACAACAAACACAAUCAUCAGUCAGACAAGGUCGCACAAACCAGUCAGAGAUUCUGAUUGACCUGGCGGGUCUGGACAUUCAAAGCGUCUCUCUACCAGGGCAGCAACCCCCAACAUCUUUUCAGUCCAUUCCUGCUGACCUGCUGUGUGGGUCUGCUGCCACUGACCCUCAGUCCCACAGCCCCAGCGUACCCUCUGCAGCACUCUCUCUGCUGGAUGAAGAGCUACUAUCUUUAGGCCUCAACGAACCCGCUCCCAUUCCAAAUAAAUCAACAUGCGUAAACCUGAGCAAUCAUUUGCCAUCUUUACAGGAUUUCAGUCAAGAUUUAGAUUUUUUUGAAACCACUUCGCCUUCGGUUUCUGCGUUCUCUACAUCUUCACUUUAUCCAGACGGGCUUUCUGUGACAGCAGCCCCAGUUAGCUCAGCCAAGUCUUCUACAACUGCCUCUGCCUUAAGCUUCCCUGGCCCCGUCUUGGCCACACCUCCGACUUCUACAAGAUCUGUCUCAGCAACAUCAGUCAUAUUCCCUCAGCCCCUCAGCUCAGUAUUGACCACCACGGCUCCAGCGGCUCUUCCUCAGGCAUUCAGCAUGGCCUCGCCUGCUUCUUCAGCCACCCCUGUCACUCAGCAACAGGUCUCCACUUCUCCUGGAGCGUCCCACACCACUUUAACUUCUCUGAGUCACAAUCUGCAAGACCUUGCCUUGCUGGAUCUGGGUAGUCCUAAAAUUACACAUGGUGUGAUAGACUUUGGCAGCUUUCUGGGCAAGAGUGAGGAUCUGCUCGCUCCUGCUACCCUAUCUUCCAGUCUAUGUGUCGCCUCCACCACAUCCAACUCACUGCUCCAAGGAGGGUCCACUCCCCCCCCUGCCAAGAGUCAGGCAGAUGACAGCCCUCUGUUACGCUCUCUGUCCCCCAUCCUCCCUCUGAGCCAGGCCAGCCCAGGCAAGGGACAAGAGGUGUCCUUGGCCAAUGUUGUUGUCCCUUUAGAUACCAUCAAGCCAAGUAAAGUGUGUCCUGUGACAGCAUAUGACAAAAACGGUGUCCGUGUUCUGCUGCAUUUUGCCACUGACUGUCCAGCAGGCAGACCUGAUGUACUGGUGAUGGUUGCGUCCAUGCUGAACACUGCCCCGCUGCCUGUCAGGAACAUUGCGCUGCAGGCUGCUGUGCCCAAGACAAUGAAAGUGAGACUGCAAUCCCCCUCAGGCUCAGAGCUGGCUCCUUUUAACCCAAUCCUUCCCCCUGCUGCCAUCACUCAGGUCAUGCUGCUUGCCAAUCCUCUCAAGGAAAAGGUUCGGAUGAGAUACAAACUGACAUUUACUCUGGGAGAGCAGCCACACUCUGAAGUGGGGGAGGUGAAUGAGUUUCCGCCUACUGACAGAUGGGGGGCUCUAUAGCCCUGCCUGUUGAAACUAGAUGUAUUUAACAGUUUAGUUUGUCAGUGCAGUUCAGAGGUCAAGAGCGCAGAAUUGGGGAAACUUGAAUGGACUUUAAAGGAGUUUUUCUGAUUGAGAUGUUUGAUUUUAUUAGACAAUUUCAUUUAAAAAAUGACACCAGCUCAACCAGGCAGUGAGUGCUUACAUAAAAGGAAAAGUCAGAUAACAAAAUAAAGCCCUCAGGCCUAUUUUCAUUGCGGUCCCUUGACUUUGGCCUCCUGAAGUAUCCAAAGUCCUGUAGUGUACAUUCAACUUAAACUUUAUUACAGUGCCAGAUGUUGUCUGUGUGUGCAGUAAUAAAUGGUGUGAAAUGCUUGAAUGUGGAUGAUGGAUGUGGGAAAAUCAUUGGUUAUUAUCAGGUUUUCACUAAUUAUACCCUUUUGCUCUCAUUUUAAUGUUCAUAUUUACUGUCCCUCAAUGCCAGACAGUCUUAAUAUUAGGGAUGCACCGAUCCGACUUUUUCAGUCCCGAUACCAAUACCUGGGUAAAAAAGAGAGUUCUUUGCGCUACUGCAGACCACAACAAUCAGUGUUAUGCACCUUAGGAAAUAAAACUAUUAAGUAAGAAGACCAAUACCUGGGUUUGGCUUUGGGUAUAGGCCGAUACGGAGUACCCAUCUGUACUCACUGUGUGGGAUCAUUCUUUUAUUUGUAAGGCAACAUCAGGCUUGACUUAAACAUUGCUUUCCUAACUAAAACGUAACAAAUACAUAGAUAUAAAUUUUACUGAAUUGUUAUUAAAAUAUUAAAACGCGACCCAGCAACUUGGUAAAAAAUCUUUAAAAUUUGCAAGAAUUACAUUUUCAGUCUAAACCUUUUAAAUGCAGCAACAAAUUGGUCAAAACUUAAAGAGGAAUUCAAAUUCCAGUAUAUAAUGUAAAAAGUGUAUAAACAGAAUUGAAUAGAUCAGCCCUAUUGUCACCAAUAGUCAGCUAUUCAAGUCAGCGUCGGCCCAAUUUCAGUAUCGGAUUGGUGCAUUCCUUAAUUAAUAUAGAGCAAAUCCACAUUUUCAAGAAGAUUGUGAAGCAUUUUACAUCAUUUGCUGAUGGCUAUGUAUGAUAACAAUGUUUUAUGCUUUAAACAUGGGACUGGAACAGACAAGAGAAGAGGCCCUCUGUUGCUAAAUAAAAGGCACUCACAGAUUGGCUCAUUAAGAGUUAGUUACUCUAAGUUGACUUCUUUCAAUAUGCUACUACUUACUGUUACUACUGAAUACUUUUGCUUGUCUUCUGAGUUCUAUACUAACUCAUAGCUCAGACUCUUGUUAUGCUUUUUAGUCUUAGUAUUUAUUGACAUGAAUGUAUUAUUUAUUUUGGUUUUGGGAGGAAGGUAUUGGAUCAGUUAAUUUCCUGUAUGGUAUUUAAAUCGACAGCUGUAUUCCUCCUGCAUACUCUUCUUAUGAUGGACACUUUCAGUAUUGCACUAAGAUUGGCACAAAUCAGUAGUGGGCUGUCUUAAGAGGCUUUAAUGUUACCAAUUAUUCAGACAGUUAAUAACAUGUUACAUUAUGUAACAACAGUGUGGAUUCUGAUAAAAUACAUGUCUCCUAUGUCCAGAUUGUGCACUCUGGAUAGAAGCUUAAUGUAAAAAUGUAAUUCUUGCUAGAUAAAACAGCAGCCUUGUGCCAGAGACAUGAGCCCUUUUUACUUGGUAGGUGUAACAUGAGCUAUUAAGGACAAGGACCAAUUGUAUACAUUAAGUGGAUGUGCUUUGGUAAGUGCUGACUAGCUGACAAUUCAUCCCUUAAGACCGAAAGGAAUAUUGUUUGAUGUUAAUUAAAGCUUCGCCCUUGCUCCUGCUCUUAGACCAUGUUGUGGAAACCAAGCCAAAGGAGUGAGUUGCCCGGAUUUAAAUGAUUGACAUUGGGCGAUAAAUGAUCUAAAUGGUUAGCUUGUGUGGGAGUUUCCUAUGUCAAACUUGGAAAAUAGCCUUGAGAAAAUACUGUAUAUUAAUAGUAAACCCUUGAUGGUUAAUUUAAAGCAUUAUGUUUACCAUCUGUUUAUCAAAAAUGGUGACUUUAUUGUUGUCUUUCUGGGGCUAUUAGUGCUAGGAGAUUCUAUCUCUACAUAUUUCUUAUAAAACUAUUUAUUUGUGUUAGAUUGUUAAAUAAAAUUGUCAUUGCAUAUUUUUUUGAAAAGCAAUUUCUGUGCAUGGAAAAAUAAAGAAUGAGAUGGA